ACGUACACAUAUAUAUACACAUCAAGAGCAUAUAUAUGAUGAUCACAAUCAUAUCUGCAGCAAGAGAGAGAUCGAGAUGACUCGGAAGAAGGUGAAGCUGGCGUUCAUCAUCAACGACUCGGCGCGGAAGGCGACGUUCAAGAAGCGGAAGAAGGGGCUGCUGAAGAAGGUGAGCGAGCUGAGCACGCUGUGCGGGAUCGAGUCGUGCGCCAUCGUGUACAGCCCGUACGAGUCGGGCCCGGAGGUGUGGCCCGACGCGGGCGGGGCGGGGCGCGUGGUGGCGCAGUUCAAGCGCAUGCCGGAGAUGGAGCAGAGCAAGAAGAUGGUGAACCAGGAGUCGUUCAUCCGGCAGCGCGUGGCCAAGGCGGCGGAGCAGCUGAAGAAGCUGCACAAGGACAACCGGGAGAAGGAGGUGACGCACCUCAUGUACCACUGCCUCGCCGGCAAGGGCCUCCACGGCCUCCCCCUCCCCGACCUCAACGACAUGGCGUGGCUGCUCGAUCACAACUUGAAGGAGAUUUACAAGAGGAUUGAAGGGAUCAAGAAGCAGCAGCAGCGUAGCUUGGACGCCGGAGGCGGCGGGGAGGGACAGCAGCAGCAGCAGUGGGUGGGGGAGCAGCCGCAGCAGCAGAUGGGGGGUGGGUUUGGGGAGGAGAUGAUUGUGCCGUUUAGCGAUGGGAGCAGUCAUGCAGCUGCAAUGUGGUCUAAUCUCUUCUUCCCUUGAGAGCUUCUUUUUUUAAUUUUAUCUUAAUAUUUUUGGUGGUUUAGUAUGUAGCUGAAGGCUCCAAAUUAAACUGCAAGAUUUAUAUAUGAUUUCAUUUUAUUG